CACUGUGCACACAGCAGCAGGUGUUACUUCUUAAUGACCACAGAGACCCAAAGUGAGGACGUGAUGUCGGAUUAAAGCUGGAAAAUGAUCGACAGAGAAGUUUGAAGACGUUUUUCUCUUUUGUGGAGGUGAACAGAGUCGAGCAGCCGCUCCGCGUGAAGACGACGGCGAGGAACCAUGAAGAGGAACAAGCAGAUCGACGUGAAGCGCGCCCUCGCUCUGUCCGGCGCCCUGCACUUCCUGGUGUGCUGCGCCCGAGCGUGCCUCCUCCCCUUCCUCACCCUCUUCUUCAGACGGCUCGGUCUGACCCCGGCCAUGACCGGCGUCGUCAUGGGAACCAAACACCUCAUCACGCUGGUGUGCAGCCCCCUGGGGAGUCUCCUGGCCAAACGCUACGACAAGAGACGAGCGGUGAUGAUCUGCUCGCUCUCGCUCUCCGCCGUGGUUCCUCUCGUUCUGUUGCUCCUCCCCUCUGCAGGUGUGCACGGACGAUCAGACACCUGCAACACGUCGGAUGUGAGCACGACUACGACCCAAAGUCUCAUGAGCAGCAUCACAAAGACGACAGCAUCAACUCAAACACAUCCUGAAACCAGCUCAGCUCUCGUCCCUCGCUCUAACACGACGCUCGCUGGCUCUAAAUCUGCUCCUCUCGUGGUUAAUACGUCACUGCAGCAGCCGGAAGUUGAAAAGUCCCACCCUCAGAUGCAACAAGUGAAUGCAUCAUCGGUGGAAAACACGACUAUAGGAGAAACAAACCAGACGAGCGGAUCCAGCUCGACUCCAGUGAGGAAGAAAAGGUCGAAGACGACGACGGAGGGCGAGACGAGGGGCGGCCAUUUUGGAUUUCUGGGCAGCCUGAAGGCGAUGGACGCUCAGCAUCAACUCUUCUUCCUGGUUCUCAUCACCGUGUCUGUGUGGGAGGCGGUGGCGGCCCCUCUGGAGUGGACGGCAGACGACGGCCGGUACGAGUAUCUGGACUUUGCAGACGCUUCAGACCGCUACAGCAGCACGGGCGUGUGGGGUUUACUGGGAGCAGCGUGCGGGGUAGGAGGGGCGGGGCUACUGGUCAGCCAGUUGCGUUGUCUCGUUGCAGAUCAAACCACGAGGAGCGGCGUGCAUUUCUACUGCUACGUCGCCGUGGUCGCUCUGGCUCUCCCCGUGGUCACGCUGCUCCCUCUCCACGUGAACAAGAAGCGCGACAAAGCUAACGGGCUCCUCAAAGCGCUGCAGUUAGUGCGAGGCUCCCCCCGCGCUCUGCUCUGCGCCGCCACCACCGUGCUGGUCGGGGCGGCGAGCGCGGCCGUGGAUAACUUCCUCCUGUGGCAGAUGCAGGAUCACGGGAGCAACAAGCUGCACAUGGCGCUCUCUGUCGCCCUCGCUCUGCUCUCUCAGGCCGCCUUUCCUCUGCUGGCGAGCAGAAUAUCCAAAGUCCUCGCCUCAGGGAGGGUCCUCGCCGUGGGGGCCGCGACCCUCGGCCUGCAGUGCUUCUAUUACUCCUUCCUGUGGGCGCCGUGGGCCGCGCUGCCGGCUCAGGCGUUCAGCUGUUUGAGCGCGGGCACCGUGUGGUGGGCCGUGCGGGCGCAGUGCGAGGACUUGGCCACGCCGGGGUCCGAGAGGAGCGUGAGCAGGAUCUACAGCGCCCUCUGUCUGCACCUGGGCAGCGGGUUGGGGAGCUUCGGCGGCGGGUUGGUGGCUCAGCGGUUUGGGCUGACGUGGCUGUUCAGGGGCGUGGCCUUGUGUCUGAUGGUGUGGUGCGUGUAG